AUGGCGAGGACUUUCCUGAUACACGCUUGCUUAAUUUUCCUCACGUUUUGUCUAGGUAAAGGCACGAACCGUUGGAGAAGAAUAAUACACAAUUACGGGCGGGAAUUGAGUCCCCAGAAAAGAAUAUUUGAUUAUUAUAAGCCUGCAAUUGAAGAUUACGGUGAAUACUAUGAUCAAUACGAUGAAUAUUCUAAAAAUGAAUACACAGACCUAGACUAUAAUGAAAAGGAAAAAUCGUGGGACGUUGAUGAUAACCUAAGAAAAAACAUUAUUUUUAAUACAACGAAACACAAAUACAAUCUUGUUGGACCUAUAAAGACAAAGGAUCAAAAGACACAAGCUUUCAAAUGGCCUAAAUUCGAAGAUAUGUUACUAGACAUGGGAAGAAGGUACGAUUGGAAAAAUGAUAGAUGGAUCAAGGUGAAAAAGAAAAUUAAAAAUUUGGAAAAGCGGAAAAAUAUAACAAGUAUACAUGAGAAACACAAAUUUAUUUAUAGAAUAGUUAGAUUAAAUAGACCGAAGAGUAAACGGAAUAUUGUAUUAGCUGUUACAGCGGUCAGAUAG